CRUGAAACAGCAUCGCAAAUGCUGCAGUUCUCUUUGUCAUGUUUUUUCGCGAUUUUAAAAAGACUAUGCGAUUCAUAAGAAAGGGAUUGUAUGUUGGAACUAGAGAAGACGCUAAAAAUCGGGAUAUUUUGGUGAAAAAUGCCAUCGCACGUGUCUUGACAGUGGACAUUGAACCAGUGUUUGAGAUGGAGGGAGAUAUCAAGACYCUUUAUAUAAACUGUCUUGACGAACCUUCAGCUGAUUUGCUGACGUCUUUGGAUAGAUGUGUUGAMUUUAUUGAAGAUGGUCUUACAAACAAUGAAGCUGUUCUUGUUCAUUGUCUUUCAGGUGUGUCUCGCAGUGUKACCAUAAUACUUGCAUUUUUGAUGAAAAUAGACAAUAUGACUGUAGAUGAGGCCAUUUCCAAUCUGAAUGAAAUUUAUGCCCCUGAAAAAAUCAGCCCAAAUACAGGAUUUCUUGACCAGCUGAKACUUUACGAAGAAAUGGGAAAAACAGUUGACCUUUCUAGUGCAGUUUACAAACAAUUCAGACUGGAGCUCCUUGCAAGCCAAAUACAAGAAGGAAAUCAGACAGACAGCAGAAUAUUGUCAAAAUUCCUUGAAGAAGUCAAGUCUAGGAAUAGUUCCAGUGACAAAAUAUUUAGAUGCAGAAAAUGCAGGUAA